GCUCUGCUGAAGGGCCGCCGCAGCGCUCCGUCUGCAGAACUAGUUGGCUGUUCAAACAUGUUUCAUCCCUCAGCACAUGCGCCGCUCUCUGUGGCUGACUGAAAUAAGGAGAUGGAAAUGUGCUCAGUGUGGAAGCCGUUUUGUUCGGAGCAAAAGGAGUCUGCUUUGGGCCGGAGAAUGACGCUCAGGCUCAAGCGGCCGAUUGUUUUUCCGCCGCAGAUAACAUUUGUUCUGCAUGUUCGGCUGCUGCUUUGACUCCAGUGGAGGAAUGUGGAACGAUGGCGUGUGUGGAGUGUAGCACCAGGGCUGCGUGAAAACCGCAGGCCUGUCUUUGUCUUUCAAUUCGACACUGCUGUUCUGUGGCAUCGGGACGUCUUUGAAGCUGAUCUCACAUCAUGGAAGUGAAGAAGCAGUGGCGCAAACAAUGAGCACACUCUUUCUGGCUGAGACGAAAUGGCGCCUCAAGUCGGUCGUCCUCGGUCGAGCGAAGGAAAGACAUGGGAAACGUAAAAAACCAACAUGUGCCUUUCAUAUCCAGCAUUUUUCUUCUGCUUUGACUGACAGGCACGUGCUCUCGGAUGGAAGGAAUCGGGAUCAAGCUAGCGUUUCUCAGUGCGCUGCCUCGGUCGGUGAUGGUGACGGGUCUCCAUAGUCUGCAUGUCAGUCACCAGGAGGCUGGAGUGAAAUCUUCCAGCUGCUGGUUCUCUGACUAGCUCUGCCCUGUGAUGGAGGGUUCUUGGUGAGAAGUGAUGCUUUGACGCUCUUGUUGUUGAUGUUGGAAGUGUGUGAAGCUGUAGCUGUUGCCGUGCGUUAUGAGACCUGCGGCACCAUUUUUCCUGGAGGCCAGUAUCAUGAAGUGAUGAACUAUGAGAUGAUGUCACAAGUAUUGGCUGCGGGUUCCUUCUGGCCCUCGGGCCUCGAGUUUAACCUCCCUGCCUCAGGGGACUGUGGUGGCUGUUCACACCCCGAAGGCUUCGCUGCUCUUCAGACUGUUUUUGAGUGGACGCGCAGCAGUGGCUGGGCUUUGCAAAUGUGAAAUGACACACGUGUGUGUUUGUGUGUUUAGUUAUUUCUAAUCAUUUAAAAAUAUGUAUACAUUGAUAUUUACUAUUAUUUAGGAUUUCAGGACCAAAUACUGUGUUUUUAUUGUAGUAAAAACACAUGAAUACCAAAGAAAAGGAAAUCAAGACAAUGCAAAGACAGGUGGAAAGAAGGUUUAUUGAGGUGAGAGUGUGAUCACUCGUGUUUCUGAUUGUUGUGUUAGAAUCAUCUUUCUGCGGUCCAGUGUCGAGUGACGCUGCGUUCAAACUUGCAUGUGAGCGUUUGCUGUGAUGCACGGAUGUGACGCUGGAAUAUCUGCUGUGGUGAGUUGAGCGCUCUGCGUGGCUCUGAUGCUGAGCCCGUGCAAACAGUCCCUGGCUGAGAGAAGCACAGCGUCACCACGUUUCCAUACGCCGGAGCUCAGUCUGUGCGACGCUUGUUAGCACCAGCCGUGCUGUCGCUGUCGCUCGGUGUAGGAAACAGGCUCGCCGUAACCAAGUGGACCACCAGCAUGAGCGCAUGACUCUGCGCAUCUGUGGACGCAGCGGUGGAUUCUGUCGUCUGGGCUGAACUUCACCUGCCGUCAUCACUCACGGUGGUCGGUUUGACAGCUGUCUUGUCGCUGUGAAAUGGUGGGCAACAAAUGGACGGAGAGAAGGAGGGCGGGGGGGUGUGGUGGGGGGUCAGCGGACAGCAGAGUCAUGGAAGGACUAGCCUUCCUUCUCACGCUCGCUGCCCUCACACGCGUCUUCAAAGCGAUUUGGGACCAACUCGGAGGUGAAUUGUGACUGCCUGCCUGUUACUGCUGUGUAGGAGGACGCAGAGUGGGAGCCGCGGGGGGAACGUGGAAAUCCUGCUGCGACCGGUUUAUGACACGAUGAAGAGACGCUGCUGAGGAGGAGACCUACAUGUCGUCUGCCUUGUCGACGCUGCAGAAGCAGAUGAGAAGAUGACUGGAGCGACCAGCCCCUGACGCUCCUCCAGCCACAGAAGCCUCCUCUCUUCGCCGCCGCCGGCCUCCUGGAUCGCUCGCAUGCCGCCGCAGAACAUGGCCUCUGCACUGUGGAGGUGUGCGAUGUUCCGCUUCCUCCUGCUCCUCCUCUGUUGCGUUCACUGUUCUCAAGGGUUCAGCCGGGCAGCUCUGCCCUUCGGCCUGGUCAGGAGGGAGCUCUCCUGUGAAGGAUACGCCAUCGAUCUACGCUGCCCAGGAAGUGAUGUCAUCAUGAUCGAGACGGCCAACUACGGCCGCACCGACGACAAGAUCUGUGACGCCGACCCCUUCCAGAUGGAGAAUGUCAACUGCUACCUCCCCGACGCUUACAAGAUCAUAUCACAAAGGUGCAACAACCGUACCCAGUGUGUGGUUGUCACUGGCUCCGAUGUCUUUCCUGAUCCGUGUCCUGGCACCUACAAGUACUUAGAGGUCCAGUAUGAGUGUGUUCCCUAUAUUUUCAUUUGUCCCGGGAUCCUGAAGGGCAUCGGCGAUGCCACCUUCCUGUAUGAGGCGGAGCAGCAGGCUGGCUCGUGGUGCAAAGACCCGCUGCAGGCUGCCGACAAAGUCUUCUUCAUGCCCUGGACCCCGUACCGCACUGACACGCUGAUCGAGUAUGCCUCUCUGGAGGACUUCAAAAAUGGCCGCCAAACCACGACGUACAAACUCCCACACCGGGUGGACGGCACCGGUUUUGUAGCGUACGACGGCGCCAUCUUCUUCAACAAGGAGCGCACGCGCAACAUUGUCAAGUUUGACCUUCGUACGCGCAUUAAAAGCGGCGAAGCUAUUGUCAACAACGCUAACUAUCAUGACACGUCGCCGUAUCGCUGGGGCGGAAAGACGGACAUUGACCUGGCCGUGGACGAGCGGGGCUUGUGGGUGAUCUACGCCACCGAGCAGAACAACGGGCGCAUUGUGGUGAGCCAGCUCAACCCGUACACGCUGCGCUUCGAGGCCACGUGGGACACGGCGUACGACAAGCGCUCUGCCUCCAACGCUUUCAUGGUGUGCGGCGUGCUUCACGUGGUGCGCUCCACCUACGAGGAGAGCGAGAGCGACGCCAGCAGGAGCCAAAUCGAUUACGUCUACAACACCAAGCUGAGUCAGGGCCAGUACAGCGACAUGCCCUUCCCCAACCAGCAGCAGUACAUCACCGCUGUGGAUUACAACCCCAGAGACAACCAGCUCUAUGUGUGGAAUAACUUCUACGUGCUGCGCUACGACCUGGACUUCGCUCCCGGGGACCCCGCUGAAGUGCCGACGCCGGCCGAUUCCUCCGUCCUGUCGCCCACACCCAAAGCCACGACGGCCGUGAGCACCACCGCAGCGUUCAGCCUGAGAGGCCAAGGUGACACCACCAUGGGCGGGGCGGACCCCAGGGACGGCCGCGAUCCCUUCGAGGACAGGCGUGGUUCUGCAACGCUGGAACCUGUGCUCCCCGAGCUGCCACCUACGCCCAGGCGCUUCUGCGAGGCCACCCGGAGGAGAGCCAUCGAUUGGCCUCAAACCCACACGGGAACCACGGUGGAGCGGCCCUGUCCCAAAGGGACCCGAGGCAUCGCCUCCUUCCUCUGCACGGUGUCGGGGAGCUGGUGCUCCAAAGGGCCGGACCUCAGCAACUGCACCUCCCACUGGGUGACUCAAGUGGCGCAAAAGAUCCGGAGCGGUGAGAACGCGGCCAACCUGGCCAACGAGCUGGCGCGCCACACGCAGGGGCCGGUGUUCGCGGGCGACGUCAGCUCCUCGGUGCGCUUGAUGGAGCAGCUGGUGGACAUCCUGGACGCUCAGCUGCAGGAGCUCAGGCCCAGCGAGAAGGACUCGGCCGGACGCAGCUUCAACAAGCUUCAGAAACGAGAGAAGACGUGCAGGGCCUACAUGAAGGCGAUCGUGGAUACCGUGGACAACCUCCUGCGGCCGGAAGCCCUGAACUCUUGGAGAGACAUGAAUUCCACGGAGCAAACUCACGCCGCCACCAUGCUGCUGGACACGCUGGAGGAAGGGGCCUUCGUCCUGGCAGAGAACCUGAUCGAGCCGGCGAUCGUCAAAGUGCCUGCGGAGAACAUCGUGCUGGACGUGUACGUGCUGAGCACUGACGGGCAGGUGCAGGACUUCAGGUUCCCCCAGACCAGCAAAGGUGGAGCGACUCUUCAGCUCUCCUCCAACACCGUCAAGGUCAACAGCAAGAGCGGUGUGGCCAAGCUGGUGUUUGUUCUCUACAAACACCUGGGUCAGUUCCUCAGCACGGAGAACGCCACGCUGCGGGGAGUCGGCGAGAUGAACAGACGCAACCUGUCCCUCACCAUCAACUCCCACGUCCUGUCGGCCUCCAUCACCAAGGAGUCCAGCCGAGUGUACGUGGCCGAGCCCGUCGUCUUCACCCUGGAGCACCUGGACAAGGAGCACUACUUCAACCCCAACUGCUCCUUCUGGAAUUACUCGGAGCGAAGCAUGAUGGGAUACUGGUCCACUCAGGACUGCAAGCUGCUGGACACCAACAAGAGCCACACCACUUGUUCCUGCAGCCACCUGACCAACUUCGCCAUCCUCAUGGCUCAUCGUGGGAACGUGGCCGAGGGCAGCGUCCACGAGCUGCUGCUCACCGUCAUCACCAGGAUGGGCAUCGCCGUGUCGCUGGUGUGCCUGGCCAUCAGCCUCUACACCUUCUGCUUCUUCCGUGGGCUGCAGAGCGACCGCAACACCAUCCACAAGAACCUCUGCCUCAACCUCUUCAUCGGCGAGCUGGUCUUCCUGGUGGGCAUCAACAUGACGGAGCCCAAGCUGGUCUGCUCCGUCGUGGCCGGGGUUCUCCACUUCUGCUUCCUGGCGGCGUUUGCCUGGAUGUGCCUGGAGGGCGUGCAGCUCUACCUCAUGCUGGUGGAGGUCUUCGAGAGCGAGUUCUCACGCAGGAAGUACUACUACGUCGCCGGCUACCUCUUCCCGGCUGUGGUGGUGGGCAUCUCGGCGGCCGUGGACCACCGCAGCUACGGCACGCAGCGAGCAUGCUGGCUGAGGGUGGACAACCAUUUCAUCUGGAGCUUUAUUGGGCCUGUCACCUUCGUCAUACUGGUCAACGUCUUCGUCCUGGUGCUGACCAUGUACAAGAUGGUGAAACACUCCACCUCCAUGAAACCCGACUCCUCCAGGCUGGGGGGGAUCAGGUCGUGGGUGCUGGGAGCCUUCGCCCUACUCUGUCUUCUGGGCCUGACGUGGUCCUUCGGGUUGUUCUUCCUCAACGAGUCCUCCAUCGUGAUGGCCUAUCUCUUCACCAUCUUCAACACGCUCCAGGGAAUGUUCAUCUUCAUCUUCCACUGCCUCCUCCAGAAAAAGGUCCGCAAGGAGUACAGCAAGUGUUUCCGCCAGUCGCAGUGCUGCGGCGCGCUGCCGCCCGAAGCCCACAGUUCAGCCAAGACUGCCACGUCCCGCUCCACGGCCCGCUACUCCUCCGCUACACAGAGUCGCAUCAGGAGGAUGUGGAACGACACUGUGAGGAAGCAGUCGGAGUCCUCCUUCAUCUCUGGAGAUAUCAACAGCACUUCCACUCUCAACCAGGGCAUGACUGGCAACUACCUCCUCACUAACCCACUGCUCCGUACCCACGACACUAACCCCUAUAACAACCUGCUGGCAGAAACGGUGGUGUGCAACACCCCCUCCCCACCGGCCUUUCACUCUCCAGGACAGCACUCCCUCAGCAACAGCAGGGACAUCAGCGCCAUGGACACCCUCCCCCUCAACGGCAAUUUCAACAACAGCUACUCCCUGCGCGACGAUGACUACGAGGCCGUCGGGGUGCGAGCCCCCGCCGACCUCGGGGUCCUCAACCUGGACGACGCCGCCUUUGAGAAGAUGAUCAUAUCGGAGAUUGUACACAACAACCUCCGGCCCCGCGGGGCCCCGAAAGGUUGCGAUGCUCAGAGGGAGAGAGCUCCGCCUCCACAGACCAGGGUGGCGGUGGACCACGGUGGGGGUGGGAGCGGCAGCGAGGAUGACGCCAUUGUGGCUGACCACGCCGACGCGCCGUCCCCUCAAAGAGGAGGCGGAGCCACCUUGGAGCUGCUUCUGCACCCCCACCACAAGGAGGCCCUGGAGGCCCCGCUGCUGCCCCAGCGGACUCACUCUCUGCUCUACAGGCGCCAGGAAGGGGGUCACGGCACCGAGGCGCUGGCCACAGUGGAGGAUGCUGACUGCAAGUCGCCCACUAAUAACAGAGACUCCCUUUACACCAGCAUGCCCAACCUGAGAGACUCACCUUCUGCUUCGCCGUACCCCCCCGAGCAGCAGCAGCAGCAGCAGCAGGAGGAGGAGGAGCUCGCCGCCUCUCCUCGGAGCGAGCGCGAGGACACCUAUCAUAAGAGCAUGCCGGAGUUGGGCGACACGCCUCAGCCUCUGUCUCGCCAUCACAUCAACCGAGGAACCAGCGCCGGGUGCAUCAUCCCGCCCGGCGAGGCCGAGGACUGUGAGCAGGGAGGGGAGGCCCCCGCCGACGGACAGAUGCAGCUCAUUACCAGCCUCUGAGCCCCGCCCCGCCGCGCCGGCGCGUCUGCCUCCGCACUCCACAUGCUCCUUCUGUUCAAGCAGGAAGUGCAGUGUUGUCGGCUGGGUAAAGGAGUGAACGUUUUGCACGCAUCAAUAACACAGCAACAACACGUGUCGUCCGUCGGGCGCUCGGACUCAGGAGCUCUGACUCUGUGUGAAGCAGCGGCGGAAGAUUAAGGGAUGCAGAAUCUCUCUGAGCAAGAGAACUUUGAAACGGACGCCGGGGUCUUUAAAGUCGUGCAGUAGGAGCUGAGACUGAAGCGGCGCCACGGUCGGGACUGUCAAGUUGCGAGAACCACUAACUCAGACUCAGGCCUUAUAUUUUCUCUAUUGCACAUUCAAGUGAGUGACAGCUCCAGAAACUCUAUUUUGCUGUGCCACCAGUGUAUCGAACAGCAGCAGCAGCAGCAGUAGUGCGCGACCUUUCAGUGUUAAGAAAAUCCCAAAGUUGGAAAUGUGCGUCGUCUUCUCUCACACUCGCCGUAGAAAGACAGAUGGAGAGACGUUGGCUCACACUUGUGAAGUGCUUUCAUGUUGAUGAAUGAUUGUUUCUCGUAAAUACUCAUCACCAGGCCACGCACAGAUUUGGGAGGAAAUCCUGUGUAAUUUAUUUGACUUGAAAGAGAAAUUGUCAAAAGAGUUGUGUUCCAUGUGUCAAUGCAAUAUCGCUCAUCAGACACACAGUCAUUUAUUCAAUGAUGUGUUUUAGUAAGAAAAAGAGACUGUGGUUAGAAAGUGUGAAAAACGUCGUGGAAGCACUGAUCAUCCUUUGAUUUCUUUUGUAAGAGCCCAUCAUCCGCUGGUAUUUCAUUCUACUCCGUUUGAUAUCAAAUAAAUGUGAAUUGUUUUUCCUUGUUGGCACAGUGCGUCGUGUCAUUACAGCAGCUGGGGUGGCGUCCGCAGCUUAGAGCUGAGUCAGGAAGCCGACGCUGGAGAGAGCUGCACAAAGCUCAAGGACGUUUCUCGCCUCUCUCACUGCUGUUUUACCAAUGAAUGGCAGCAAAAGCAUGUGACCGGAGGGCUGUGGUUGGAUACAUUUGCAUACAGUGUUAGUUAUUGAUUUCAAAAAUGACUGAAUGGGGGAAACAUAUUCAUGGACUGUGUGGAAGAUGUUGUUUGCAUGUUCACAGGAAAGGUCAUCAAAGUGCUGUGAAACCCGUUCAGAGUGGUGAGGAGAGGCACCUGCCGCGCUGGUGUCUGCGCUAACAUUCCUCGCCACACGCUGCCAGGCUUAGCCAUUCACUGUCUGCUGGCGUUGUCCUGGCUCCCGCCGACCGCACGCACGCACGCACACACACACAGACGCGCAGGCACUCGGCUGCGGUCGCAGCAGCCGUCCGUCAGCGCAGCUUUAUUAGUUGGAGCUGUGGGGCAGUUGCUGUCAGGAGAGUGGUGGGCAGGUUAAGACAAAGCUCCGAGUCCACUGUGGCUCUGCCUCAGUGUUUGAAGAAAGGCCACUCUGCCCAGACCCUCCGGGAACCUUGGCUUCAGGUGCGACGGACAUCAUCGUUUGCCACGGACGGACCCGCACGUCCCCUUGGGUGGUGAUCAGGUUACCGUGGGGCCCGGUCACAGAGCCUGUGUGCCGAACUGUGUGCUGACCAGGUCCAUGUGUGAGUAGCCUGGAAACAUCCCUCCCUCCUCAGCUGUGCCAUGUAUGGUGGCGCCGGCCGGCCUGUGCUGAUCCCCGCCACCUUGCUUCAGGGAGUCAGGACCACGCCACCAAGGCCGCGGAUCAUGUCAGCAGGAGCUCCACGCUCCCAGCUGCUGCCCAGACCUGAGCCCGUCACCAGGUUUUCAGAGGCUCCUGCUAGACCCGAGCUCUCAUGUCCCCACACACCGAUGACUGUGACUUGU